AUGGGGUUCAGUGGUUCACGAUCGUCAAGUGAAGGGAAGCCAUUGGACACCAUGGGUAAGGCUUCCUUGUUGCUCCUGAGUCUCGUCGUUCCCUUUGUUCUUCUUCUUCUGCCGGUCUCACGCUCGGCGACGGUGGUGACCCAUCUCCCCGGCUUCCAUGACCGCCUUCCGUUCCACCUCGAGACCGGGUACGUCAGCGUGGACGAGGAGACGGGAGCGGAGCUCUUCUACUACUUCGUGGAGUCCGAGAGGAGCCCUGACACAGACCCCGUGAUCCUGUGGAUGACGGGUGGGCCCUUCUGCUCUGGCAUGAUUUUCUUCGAAGUUGGUCCUAUGAAAUUUGUGUUGGCACCUUAUAAUGGUAGUUUGCCACAGUUGGCCUAUAAUCCCUAUUCAUGGUCCAAGACAGCAAGCAUCAUCCUGUUGGAUUCACCAGUUGGUACUGGUUUCUCGUACGCUCGUGAUGUGGAAGGUUAUCACGAUAUUGGGGAUUUCUCCUUUUCUAUGCAUGUCUUAACAUUUCUCAACAAGUGGUUUACCGACCACCCACACUACCAAUCCAAUCCUUUCUUUGUUGGAGGAAGUUCAUAUGCUGGAAAGAUGUCUCCAAUUAUCGCACAACACAUUUCGCAAGAAAUCGAACUGGGGAAGCAACCCAGGAUUAAUCUCAAGGGCUAUGUAGUCGGCAAUCCUGUUACAGGCUCAGAUUAUGAUGACAAUUUCAGAGUACCAUAUGCUCAUGGUGUUGGGAUUAUAUCCGAUCAACUAUAUGAGGCUGCAAUUCGGAAUUGUAAAGGAAGCUAUAUAAGACCGACGGACAAAAUGUGUGCCAGGGUGCUAAACACUUUUCAAAAUCUUGUGUCUGAAAUUGAUCUGCCACAAAUCCUGGGUGUCAAUUGUAUAAGGGGUAUGUUAACACAUAAAUUUCUAUCAGAAGAAUACACUCAACUAAGUGAUCCGUCUCCUGAGCAACCUACCUUAGAUUGUUUUGCAUACCGUUACUACCUAUGUAAUAUUUGGGCAAACGACGAUUCCACGAGAGAAGCUCUUGGGGUGAAGCGGGGAACAACUGGAGAGUUUAUAAGAUGCAAGAAAAGUAUCCCAUACGCAUCCGAGGUCCCCAGCAGCAUAAAGUACCAUUUCAACCUCACAAGCAGGGGCUAUCGUGCGCUUGUGUUUAGCGGAGACCAUGAUCUUGUGAUACCAUUUUUGAGCACACAUGCGUGGGUUAGAUCCUUCAACUUCUCCGUAGUCGAUGAUUGGAGAGCAUGGCAUCUUGAUGGCCAGGCUGCAGGAUUUACAAUCACAUACGCCAACUAUAUUACAUUUGCGACAAUAAAGGGUGGUGGCCACGUAUCCAUAGAACACCGACCUAAGGAAUGUCUUGCCAUGGCUCGACGCUGGUUGGAUAAUGAGCCUCUAUGA